AUGAGUAAUCCAACGGGUUCUGGUUCCCCAAACUUCCGAAUUGACGUUAUUUUCAACUCUCUCCGUGAGCUGCAACAAGAAAAAGAGAGACUUCAGCAGCACUAUAAUGAAGAGAAAGCUCGUUGUCGAAGCUUGGAAAUUAAACUUGAGGCUUGUCAAUCAAAGCAUUACCAGAGCGUUGAGAAACACUGCAAAAUGUUAGAAACAGUGAAUGCAGCUAAACAGAAGGUUCUACAAACUCAGUUACAGGCAACUAGACUGAAAGAGCUGAACGAUGGAAAGAGUGCAAGAAUCGCAGAGCUGCGCAAAAACGUCUGUGAAGUAAUGAAGAAAGAGGAUGCAGAACAGCAAAUCUUUGAAAACAAACUUGCAGAACUUACGAGUAACUUCAGAGAUGCACGAAACUAUUAUACAGAGGAAAAUGUAAGGAACGAAUUGGAACACUGGAGCAAGAAAGCUGACGAGACUAGAGCAGAAGUUUUUAGAGAAGACAAGGUGUUGAAAGAUCUAACUACCAAGUUCAACCAGCUGCAAAUGGACAAUAAGAAAGCAAAAGAUAAGCUCAAUUGUAAGCUGGAGUUUGAUGUUACCCCCGGAGAAUUGCAAACCGCUUUGAAGGUUUUUGAAGAAUUGAAUCAGAAGUCAAAAGACGACCUUAAAGAAUCCGAAAAACAGCUCGAAAGAGAACUAGAAAGAAUCAAGCGAGCAAAUGAUAAGUCUGGAAAAGAGAGAGUGGCAAAUAAGCAAAUCAUAGCAGCGAACAAGGCAUGUGAAGGUCCGGACAUGUUUGGUGGGUGCGGUUCACAGGCAGAGUCAUACCAAACAGGAGUUUACGAGCAACUUAGCACCGUAAAUCGUCAGUACUUCAGACUUGACAGCCGUUCCAUUGCAUCAGGAAUGAACGGUAUUCUGAAAUAA